AUCACAGGAUCUGCUGCUGCUAAAUCAAUACCAGAAUGUUUUUUCAGACCUUUCUCCAUUUUGUCAGCAACCUUUCUACCGUUGCAGUGGGGUUCCUUUCUGUGGUAGGACACUGGAUCCCAGGUAAUUCCAGACCAGGUCUCACUGCGACCAUGGAAAGUACUCAUCAGAAGAAGGCAACCUUCGGUAAGCGUGAGAGGCUUCCAUGUAUUGCACCACUCCUAACCACGGUGGAGGAGACGCCACAGAUGGUCUCUGCUCGAGUCCGAGGACAUUUUCCCAAGUGGCUCAGUGGCUAUCUACUUCGAAUUGGGCCUGGGAAAUUCGAGUUUGGGAAGGAUAAGUACAAUCACUGGUUUGAUGGAAUGGCUUUGCUUCACCAGUUCAGGAUAGAGAAGGGCACGGUGACCUAUAGAAGCAAGUUCCUGCAGAGUGAUACAUAUAAGGCCAAUAGUGUUCAUGACCGAAUUGUCAUCUCAGAAUUUGGCACGCUGGCUCUCCCUGAUCCAUGCAAGAAUGUUUUUGAACGUUUCAUGUCAAAGUUUGAGCUGCCUGGUAAGCAGCCUUUACUGUACCCAGAAUUUCUGGUUUCAGCAAUAACCGACAAUACCAAUGUCAACUAUGUGCGGUACAAGGGUGACUACUAUGUUAGCACUGAGACCAACUUUAUGAAUAAAGUGGACAUUAAAACUCUGGAAAAAACAGAAAAGGUAGACUGGAGCAAAUUUAUUGCUGUGAAUGGAGCAACUGCACAUCCUCAUUAUGACCCAGAUGGAACAGCAUACAACAUGGGGAACUCCUAUGGGCCACAUGGUUCUUGCUAUAAUAUUAUUCGGGUUCCUCCAGAGAAGGUGGAUCUUGGGGAGACAAUCCACGGAGCCCAGGUGAUAUGUUCUAUUGCCUCUGCAGAGAGGAUGAAACCUUCUUACUAUCAUAGCUUUGGAAUGACGAGGAACUAUAUAAUCUUCAUUGAACAGCCUCUAAAGAUGAAUUUGUGGAAAAUUGUCACUUCUAGAAUUCGAGGAAAGGCCUUUUCAAGUGGAAUAAGCUGGGAACCCCAGUAUAAUACACGGUUUCAUGUGGUCGAUAAGCACACUGGGCAGCUUCUUCCAGGAAUGUACUACAGUAAACCUUUUGUUACUUUUCAUCAAAUCAAUGCCUUUGAAGACCAGGGCUGUGUUGUAAUUGAUUUGUGCUGUCAAGAUGAUGGAAGAAGCCUGGAAGUUUACCAACUACAGGAUCUGAGGAAAGCUGGGGAAGGGCUUGAUCAGGUCUAUAAUUCAGUAGGCAGAUCUUUCCCUCGAAGGUUUGUUUUGCCUUUACAUGUCAGUUUGAAUGACCCCGAAGGAGAGAACCUCAGCCCAUUGUCUUAUUCUUCAGCCAGUGCUGUGAAACAAGCUGAUGGAAAGAUUUGGUGCUCUUAUGAAAAUCUACAUCCUGAGGAUCUAGAGGAGGAAGGAGGUGUUGAAUUUCCCCAGAUCAACUAUGGCCAAUUCAGUGGCAAAAAGUAUCGUUUCUUCUAUGGUUGUGGCUUUCGGCAUUUGGUGGGGGAUUCUCUGAUCAAGGUUGAUGUGGUGAAUAAGACACUGACGAUUUGGAGAGAAGAUGGCUUUUACCCCUCAGAACCAGUGUUUGUUCCAGCACCAGGAACCAGCGAAGAAGAUGGUGGGGUUAUUCUCUCUGCAGUGAUCACCCCUGACCAGAAUGAAAACAAUUUUCUCCUAGUCUUGGAUGCCAAGAACUUUGAAGAACUGGGCCGAGCAGAAGUACCUGUGCAAAUGCCUUAUGGGUUCCAUGGCACCUUUGUGACCAUCUGAUGGAGCAACUCGAAACACUUGGAAACUAGCUUUAAAAUGAACAUGCUCUGUACAAAAGGGAGCGCAAAAAGGGCACCUUCCCUUCCAAACCACAGACACCUGGUUUUAAAAUUUCUAUUAAAAACAGAAUUCUUGAGAUAAUAAUGGUUUUAUAAUUUUUUAGAGCUCUUUCUUAAAAACAUUAAACAAGUGUUGAUACAACC